GCACCUCAUCCUCGUCCCCUUCGACCAUGUUAUUACUACCGCGAGCGAGGGAGCGGGCGCGUGAGAUCGCGAUUCUAGGGUUAGGGUUUUCUCCACCUCCGUUGUUCCUCACUCACUCCUUUCGAUCGGGGUUUUCCCUCCCGAACGUCUGCAAGGUUCGAUCGGGCCUCCGGCAUCCCUUCCUUCUCCAUUUGAUGCAUGGAUUCCGGCCCCCUUGCUGCCGCUGCUCCGGACGAUGGAGUCGGCGAGAGUCGCCGGUGGGCGGAUUGCAAGGUCUAUACCCGCAGGAACCGUGCCAAGAAGAACCCUCCGACCGAGGCCGAGGACCCGCAGCCGUCGUCCCGCGAAACCCUAGCAGAGAACCCUCAGCCCUCAUUAGUUAAAACCUUGGAUGAAAACCCCCAGCCGUCAUCCCGUGAAACCUUAGCGACGACGAAGACGACAAAGGCCAAGGACGACCUUCAAUACUCGCUCCGGCAGCCUCCGGCGGAGCCUCCAUCUGUACAUCAGCUUCAGGUCAGUCUCCGCUCCUCGUCGGAUAACGAGCCUUGCAGUCUUAUCCUUCCAUGCCCGGAGGGAAAGACCGUACUUGACUGCAAGGCCAAUGCCUUCCACGAAAAUGGCUCUUUGGAGAACCGGAAAGACGAGCCGUCACAGCAGGAGGUACGGAAGAUCCGGAAGAAGCUCCUUGCUGAUCUGGGUCAGGUGAGGGAUCUUUUCGGGAGGCUCGAGGCCCGUCACUCUGAGCUUUUUGCUGAGCGCGUGGAUGGUGAUGGUGGAGCUCCUUCUCAAUUCUCAGCUAACCAUGGAAACAUUACUAUGUCAAGGAAGAGAGCGCCAACCCUUGUUGAGGCUGUUCUGGUGGACCCUCCUCCAUCGCACUCCCAGUUCAACAUCCCUGUGCUUCCUAGUGUCAGUGCAAGGAACAGCAUAGCUGACUCAAUGCUGGUGGAUGAGAUAUUUUCUACCCCUGUUGCAGCUGGUGGCGGUGCUCGUUCCCAACUCUCAGUGAACCAUGCAACGACACCUGUGACGAUGAGGAGAGCACCUGCAAUCUUUGAUGCUGUUCCAACCAGCCCUGUUCUUCUCCCUUUUCGUCCUCGGCUUAGCAUUGUUGUGCCACGUGGUGCUGGUUCAAGGAACAAUGUCAGUGAAUUGUCCUUUCAGAAGGAGAAGAGGACACCUAAGGCCAACCAAUACUUUCAUAGUUCAGAUUUCAUCUUGGGUAAGGAUAAGAUUCCUCCACCAACAUCUCUGAAGAAGUCCAAGGCCAGCAAAAGUAAGAAGAAUUUGGCAGAAUCAGAUUACAAGACAUCACCCGAGAAGAAAAUAUAUUCUAGUGCCUUCAAGAGUUGUCGGGCAUUGUUGGAGAAGCUCAUGAAGCACAGGUUUGGAUGGGUGUUCAACAAACCAGUAGAUGUUGAAGCUCUUGGUCUCUAUGAUUACUUCUCAAUCAUUAAACACCCAAUGGACUUUGGCACUAUAAAAUCUCGCCUUGCUGAUAACUUCUAUGAAACCCCUGAGGAAUUUGCAGCAGAUGUUAGACUUACUCUCCGGAAUGCAAUGACAUAUAAUUCCGUGGGGCAGGAUGUUCAUGUCAUGGCACAGCAACUGUCCAACAUCUUUGAGGAAAGAUGGUUUGUGAUUGAGACCGAGUUUACAGAUCAAUUGCAUCAGUUAUAUUCAGUCAAUAGAAAAAGGGCUUCUCUUGUUAGGGGAACUCUUGAAAGGUCAGACUCCACAGUUCAUCCAGUUGUUGUUGAUCUGAGAAAAGAAGAUAAUCAGUAUCACAAUUUUGGCCGGCCUGUGCCUCUGAAGAAGCCAAAGGCUAAAGACUUGUACAAGAGGGAGAUGACAUUGAAGGAGAAGCAAACUUUAAGUCGUCACUUGGAGAGCCUGCCGGCAGAGAAGUUGGAUUUGGUUGUGGAAAUUAUUAAGAAGAGGAACUUUGCUUUGAGUCAACAUGACGAUGAGAUUGAAGUGGAUAUUGAUAGUGUGGACACAGAUACACUCUGGGAACUUGAUAGAUUUGUUUCAAAUUAUAAGAAGACAUUAAGUAAGCACAAAAGGAAGGCAGAGCUGGCAAUGCUAGCUAGGGCUGAGGCAAAGCACCUUAACCAAGAAAUGUUAAGUGGAGGGGGUCCAGAUCCAGUUGUUACUUCUUCAGUACAGCAAACUGAAAAAGACCAGAAGAAUGCUCCUGCUCACCUAGCUAUUGCAGGAGUGAACAAUGGUGAUGAUGCAAAUGGAUCAAUUAGUUCCAGUGAAUCUAGCAGUGAUUCAGGCUCCUCUGACAGUGACUCUGACAGUGAAAGCUCCUCGUCAUAUGAAUCAGAUGUGCCACAUUGAUCUUGAACAUGAAAUAAAAUAGCUUCUAGGGAAGGUUGCAGAUAUCAAGGCUUUGUGAUUGUGUGGAUGAAUUGCUUCCCAAGUUUUUCAUAUGGAUUUGCCUAAAAAAAAGGUGAUCUCCUCUGUAAGUUGUAUGUUUGUACCCUUGUGAAACUGGUCUUAUAUCUGUCUCUUGUAGUUGGACAGGGAUGCUAACCUACACAGAUUGGCUUUUUUUUGAGAUGGGACAUUUUAAAGCAGUUUCAUCUGCAUAUAUUUGUACAGAAAGACUUGUGAUUUGUAGUUUUAGAAUGACAGGUUCAUUUAUCUUCUUCAUUGCACAGUCUGUGUACCCGAGCAGUUUCUUCUGCAUAUAUUUGUGCAGCGAUUUGUAGUUUUAUUGACAGGUUCAUUUAUCUUCAUUCUUUUCCAGUUUAUGUAAGAGUUUUCUAACUUAACCAUGUGUAGGCUUCCUGACCCACUUGCAUGUCGUCCAGAGAAUCCUCGAACGGUUGGAGGUAUUGUUUGCAUGUUUUUCUGAGCUUGAGAGGUGAAAUGUUGGGCUUCUGGCGUCAGCCCUCUGCAUGUUUGAGGUUCUAUUUAAAUGAUGGGAAGUUGCAUGUCAAACAAAUUGCCAAGGAAUAAUUUUAGUUCAUUACCCUGGCAAGUAGGCGCCAGCUUGUCUUGAUGUAGGCACCUUGAGUUGUGUAUGUACACUUGUUUCAAGACUUGUCUCCUCAAUGAAAUGAGCAUGCUCGUGGGCUGAUCACUGUCGGAAGAUGCAUA